AACGCCGCAAAUACCAAAUACCACCCUCUCCCUAUCUUGUCGCCAUUAAUUCCACCCCCCACCCCCCCCCAGCGCCUGCGCAAUAGGCAACUCAUUCACAUUUCUAUGACGGCCUCGCAGCAUGUAAAAACACAUUUACCGGUGGCUUCUCACGUCGACUGAGGUGGAGCUAUGAACAAUGCUUCCACCCCGACCACGCCGGCGGAACCUCAUCGUAUGUCCCACGAUCGUCGAGAGGACAACGCCGAUGGCUCACCACUUUCCACAGCCUCCGAGCAGAGUCCCGACGGCGACACUACUACUACCCAGAACCCGUCGCUGUCCCAGGCCGCAAAGGAUGGCCUUACAAAAAAGCUUCAUUUCAUGAAGCAUUUAAGUAUCAGCUUAGAUACCAUAGUCUAUGCUGAGUUAUGUGCGCUAUACUAUAUGGACUGUUCAUUCUUCCGACUGUUGAUUCGAUGGGUUUCUCAAGCCCUGUUCAUAAGCCCGAAGGCUGAAGAUUCCAUUCUGAUGAUACCCAACUAUCACGUCUCCGCAAUCCUCGGUCCCAACUUUAUAUGUAUAUUAUUACAUCUGCUCACGUCAUUACCCCAAGCCGGCGAGGCGUCUCGAGGUUAUCUCCACGGUGGCAUACUUUUCGAUUUUAUUGGGCAAAAGGCGCCGUCUUCUAAAUUCUCCCUUCUCCUACUGGAUAUCUUGAUACUGGGACUGCAAUGCUUUAUGUUGACUGUGAACAUCGAGAAAGAAAGAGUGCGCAAGGUGGUAAAGCCGAGGAGGCAGAUAGAUCGCCUAGAAACCACUGCGGAGGAGACUGCUACUACUCCUACCGGGCAGGAUCACGAUGCGGAGGAGCGAGGAGUUUUACGGGAUGCGCCUAUGGUGGAUGAGACAAACGAUGUCGAAAUGCAAUCUUUGGGAGGCAGAAAUGGUAAUGGCAAUGAGCGCAACACAGAAGAGAGGGUUGGCCUAUUAAGACAAGCCACCGCUUCUACAAGCGACCUUGAGAGUUUAUUUGACACUUUGAGAUCUGGCAAUGCUGUCCUGGCCAAUUUCAAUAUCCGACAGUCACUGCGGAACGCCUGGCAUACCCGGGCAAACUCUCCCGAAAGCGCAGCCGCCUACGCCAUACAAAAUGUUGGAUAUAAUGCGACGCUCGCGGCCUUGGCAGCACAAAGGAGAGCGAGACAAGCCUCAGCUCAGCCAAGGCAGCCAUAAAUAGUUGUUAAAAUACCAGUGU